AUGUCCAUCCCAACGCCAACGUUGAUGUGUGGUGGAUCCAGCAAUCCAGAAGAGCCCAGGGUUAACGGCAUCCUGCAGCCUCAAUCGGAUAUGCCCAUCUCAAGGCUAAGGUAUCUGUAUGGACCCGGCGGCACUUCUACAGACCAAAUUUCCGCGUCUUCCUUCCCUGCAGAUCAGAUGCGCCAAGAUUACCAUUCAGGUGGUCGAGGGGGGGUUAGAUUCUCGAGGGACGAGCUUCUCGAAGUCCGAAGGAGGGUACUACAAACAACAGGCAGAGAAAGAACACUUGCUGAACCAGAAACUCCAACUUCGAUUAGGAUCUUGCGACAUGGCGAAGCUCAGUCUCGCUUUGAAAGUGCAAGCUCUUCCGAAACUCCAGAUGGGCAACAAGAGGACGAAUACAUGACUGCUGUCAUGGACCUGGCCUGUGAUGCUGAAAUACCAGCUGCAUCUCCUUCAAGCACGGAUGAUGAUUUACCGACUUCAAGCACGGGACAUCCCAGCAGCCGAUUGCUGCGUAUCGCACGACCUGAUGCACUGGUGGUGACAUACAGGUAUUGCGGCGAUGACAAGAUAAUCUUCGAUUGGACCGAUGCGCCCCGCCAUGAGGAUGUUUUCGUGGGCGACUAUGGAAGUCGUCUGGAGGAUGUGAUUCGUGUUCCCGACAGCGGUCGCCUCAAGAUUGAAACCGAGUAUUACCUCGUCACGUUCGAGAUUGCGGUUGCGCGUCACGCAGGGAUYCUUUCCGAUACGGCAGCUGGRAUUCUGUGGAAUGAAUACGUUGAAUGGUAUCAUGAAGAACUGCAGAUGGAGCUGUGA